GUUUGUUUUCGCUUUAAAGAAUUAUGUUUACAAAUGAGCUUUUUACUUAUAUUAUUGUAAUUAUUAUCAGUUUAACAUUCGUGUAGCUUACACCAGGUUAAUAAAAAUUUCACUUAUAUUUACUGCUUGUAGGUAUGAAAUAGCAUGUCGCAGUGACCAAGUAAACUGUUCUUUUUUUUUUAAUUUGUUUAUUCAACCCUUUUAAUGGAUUCCAGUAGGAAGCACAGUAAUCCAUCGCCUCAGAAAAAUGCAAAUUUUUUAUCCAAACUGUUUUUUUGUUGGUUAUUGCCAUUCUUCAAAUUUGGUUACAGUAAUAAUUUAAAAACUACUGAUAUUUAUGAUACAUUACAACAAGAUAAAUGUGAAUCAUAUAUAGACAAAUUACAAAAGAAUUGGGCGAAGGAACUUGAUGGAAGGAAAGAAAAAAAACCUAGUUUAAAAACUGCUCUCUUCAAAACGUUUGCUAAAUCGUAUUCUUUUCCUGGAAUAAACGUCUUUGUUCAAGCCGUUAUAAUAAAGGCUUUACAACCUCUAGUACUGGCUGAAUAUAUUCGAUAUUUUGACAAAUCCCAAAAAUAUACCACUUUUGGAGAAUAUUCUGGAUGGAUUUUAGCAUCUGCUGUAGUAUUAUUAGCAUUUUUAUAUGCAAUUUUAUACCACCACUCACAAUUUGACAGUCAACGAGUCGGAAUGAGAGUGAGAGUCGGCUUAUCAUCGCUAGUAUAUAGAAAGUUACUCAAAUUGAAUCAAUCAUCAUUAAACAAAUCUCCAGCAGGAAAAUUGGUAAAUCUUCUCUCAAACGACUUACAACGUCUUGAUACAUGUUCACAGUUUCUACAUUACAUAUGGAUUAUGCCUUUUCAAGCAGCUGUAUGCUUCUACAUAUUAUAUCAAAACUUAGGAAUUGCGGCUGUUGCUGGUACAGUAGCUCUGAUAAUUGAAGGAAUACCGAUACAAGGAUAUUUCUCUAAAGUUCAAGGCAAAUUAAGGUCCAAAAUAGCAGAAAAAACAGAUUUGAGAGUUAAAUUAAUGAAUGAAAUUGUUUCUGGUAUUAAAGUUAUAAAAAUGUACGCAUGGGAGAAGUCUUUCGCAAAAAUUGUGGAGCAAUCUAGAUGCGACGAAGUGGCAAAGAUCACUAUAACAUCAAGAAUUAAAGGUGUUACCAUGGCGCUCAUAGUUAUUACAGAAAGAUUCGGUUUAUACUGUUCCAUAAUAUGCUACGUUCUACUGGGAAACAGAAUCAAUGCCGAACAAGUUUUCUCAAGCGCACAAUUGUUCAACUCUCUUCAACUGUUUAUGUGCGUUUAUUAUCCAUUCGCAAUAGCCAGUUAUGCAGAGGGUGUUGUUUCUGUAAAAAGGAUAGAAAAAUUUCUGUUAUUGGAAGAAAACGACUCUAUUGCUUCAGCUGAUGACACCGAUGAUAGACGAGGAACUAUUUUUAUAGAAAAAGCUUCGGGUUCUUGGAGUGGUUCAAAUGUGGAAACACUUAGUAAUAUAUCCUUGAAAUUAAAGCCUGGGAAGCUAUGUUGUGUGGUAGGGAGUGUAGGAAGUGGUAAAACAUCCUUGCUUCAAAUGAUUUUGAAAGAGUUACCAAUGAGCAUUGGUUCACUUGAAGUACAUGGAAAAGUUUCUUAUGCUUCUCAAGAACCUUGGUUGUUUGUCUCCAGUGUUCGAGAUAAUAUACUAUUUGGCAGACCGUACGAUAGAGAAAGAUAUAGGGAUGUCGUCCAGGUGUGCGCUCUUCAAACUGAUUUAGAUCAAUUUCCUUUUGGCGACAGAACAAUGGUAGAAGAAAGAGGUGUAUCACUUAGCGGUGGCCAAAGAGCCAGAAUAAAUUUAGCUAGAGCUAUCUAUGCCGACGCAGAUAUUUACUUAUUGGACGAUCCAUUAUCAGCUGUUGAUACUAGAGUAGGAAAACAUCUAUUUGAAAAGUGCAUAAAAGGUUAUUUGAAAGAUAAGACAACGAUUUUGGUUACUCAUCAGUUGCAGUUUCUGAAAGAAGCUGACAUCAUUGUUAUUAUCGAAAAUGGAAAAAUACACAAAAUGGGUAACUAUAAUGAAGUAUCGCAUGAAGAUUUAAGUGCUUUACAUUUAGAAGCUGAUGAAAAUGAAACUCCAAUACAACAUGUUACUGAAAAGUCAUUAGAAAAAAGAGAAAGUAUAACACUAUCAGAACAUAUACCUGAAGAAAAUCUCGAAGAAAUGGCAACUGGCGCCAUACCAUUCUCCGUUUUUGUCAAAUACUAUGGUUAUGGAACUGGGAUAUUUGGUUUUAUAGUUAUGGCAUUUUUAUUCAUAAUUGCCCAGCUAUCGUGCAAUGGUGGAGAUUUGUGGCUAACAUACUGGGUUAACCAAGAAAGUGAAAUACACGAUGAGAGUAGCGUACAUUUCUUAGAUGAUUACGGAGUAAAUCAAACUAUAUACAAGUAUACGGUUUUCACUAACGAAGAAGAUAAGUACAUGAUUAUAUAUUCGGUAUUUAUAUUAGCCAGUAUAAUCUUAAUGCCAAUCCGUUCACUUAAUUUUACUAGAAUAGUUAUGAAUUCCUCUAGGAAUCUUCACCAUAAAAUGUUCAGCAACGUCUUAGAAGCUCCGAUGAAAUUUUUCGACACCAAUCCAUCAGGUAGAAUCCUCAAUAGAUUUUCGAAUGAUAUGGGAAUCAUAGAUGAAUUAAUACCAAAAGCAUUUAUUGAUUUCAUCCAAAUAUUUCUCGUUCUAAUUGGAAUUCUUCUCAUUAUCUUUAUAAAAGUUCCGUAUAUGAUUGUACCAGCUCUGUUAUUGUCUGUUGGAUUUUAUUACUUGCGGUUGGUUUAUUUAAAAACAUCUCAAGAUCUCAAACGUUUAGAAGGAGUCAAUAGAGGUCCCGUUUUUUCCCAUCUAAUAGCAACCAUUGACGGUAUGACUACAAUAAGAGCAUCACAAGCAGAAGAAAUGGUUACAAAAGAAUUUGAUAUUCUUCUGGAUCAACAUUCUAGUGCCUGGUACUUAUAUAUCGCAGCUAAUGAGGUAUUUGGAUUCAUUUUAGACGUUAUGAGCACGCUUUUUAUUGCUGUGGUUACCUAUCAAUUUCUAUUUUUUGAAUCUUCUGAAGGAGUCACAGGCAGCGUUGGGCUUACCUUAUCCCAGUGCCUCAUACUGACAGGGAUGUUACAGUUAGGAGUAAGACAAACAGCCGAAGUUACUAAUAACAUGACCAGCGUCGAACGCGUUCUACAAUACACAGAUUUAGAAAAAGAAACGGAUGGAGAAACGCAAAAGGAAUUAACAACGAAAGACUUAGUGGAAACAUAUAAACCAGUGAAUGUAAAUUGGCCCGAAAGUGGUGAAAUUAAAUUUAAAAAUGUGUAUUUGUAUUACGACCCCACUAGUGAACCAGUACUGAAAAAUUUAAAUAUUACAAUUAAAUCCGGACAUAAGAUUGGUGUAGUUGGCAGAACAGGAGCUGGAAAAUCAACUUUGAUUGCAGCGCUAUUUAGAUUAACCAAAAUUCAAGGCAGUAUCAUAAUAGAUGACGUAGAUGUUACAAAAUUAAGAUUAAGCGAACUUCGGUCGAAAAUAUCGAUUAUUCCGCAAGAGCCAGUACUAUUUUCAGCUACAGUAAGGUAUAACCUCGAUCCAUUUGGAAACGUUAGUGACGAAGAAAUUUGGCGGGCUCUAGAAAAUGUUGAACUGAGACAUGCCAUUACCAGUUUGGAUUCGGAAAUAAGUGAGGGCGGUUCAAAUUUUAGUACUGGACAAAGGCAAUUAUUAUGCUUAGCUAGAGCCAUAGUUAGAAACAAUAAAAUUCUCGUUUUAGAUGAAGCUACUGCUAAUGUAGAUCCAAGCACUGAUGUCUUAAUUCAACAAACCAUUCGCAAAAACUUUAAUGGCUGUACAGUGAUAACAAUAGCCCAUAGAUUAAAUACUAUAAUGGAUUCUGACAAGGUUCUUGUAAUGGAUUCAGGAAGAGCUGUAGAAUAUGAGCAUCCUCAUGUAUUACUUCAAAAUCCGGAAGGAUAUUUUACUAAAAUGUUAAUGGAAACUGGCACGAUGACUGAAAAUAAUUUAAGAAAAAUUGCCGAAGAGCAUUACACUAACCAGUUUAAUUAUUGAAUAAAAUAAUUUUGAGUGAUUUAUUUAUUAUUGUAUAAGUUUUGAAUUACAAUUUUUGUUCCUUAAAUAUAUUUAAUAAGGACCAUAAUAGCAUGUUGUGAAAAAGUACUCAGUAUGUUGAAACAGAUGAUAAUAAAGUUUAUAUAAAAAUAUGCAAGUAUUUUCACUUGUAAAUCGAACGAAACCAUUAAUAAAACAUGUAUUAAAAAAUAUUUUUUUAAUUUCAUAUUUCUACAAAUUAAAGUUGCAUUACAACAAAUUCAUGAUACUAUAAUCAGAUGCUAAUAAGCAAACUCUGGUAUGCUAGAUGCUCAUAAUAAUACCAACACCUACUAUAUAAAUUUUGUUUAUCAAGUGCCGUUUUUUAUAAAAAUAAAAUACAAUCUGAAAAAUAAAAAUUUCACAAGUAAAACCAGCACAUUGACUUAUCUAGUUAAAUAAAUCAUUUCAAACUAACCUAUAUUAAUACUGCAUUUGCUUACAUCCAAUUUUCAAAAUUUAUUAGAGUCUUUAUUAACAAAUAUUUAAAAAAUAGCUAUUUAUAAAACCAGUAACGAAAUGCCUUAUUUUAUGUAACGAGUAAAUCUGUCGCUUGGUUCUGAAAGGGCCAAUGUCGGAAUUGCUUAAGUGUGGGAAAUGACAAUUAAAAAAUAUCCGAAAAUCCAAAAGAAACUCUAAAACGAAAGUUCUGAUUGACUUGCGGUUUUUAUUUUCUUGAAUAAUUAUUUCUAACUUAGAACCCUAUUGAUUUUCAGAAUUUUCGGUUCAUCCUAACUACUUUAAUAACAAUUUUCUUAAAAUCCGUCUAUGAAUUCCUUAUGUGACAAUUUUAGGAAUUUCAAUUAUUUCUAACGUCAAAAUUCCUAACAUUCUUCACAUUCCAUAAAUUGCAAACAUUCUCUAACGACCUGUCAAACAACAGCUGUUGAUAGUAAAGGUGAAAUUUCUAAGGCGGGCCAUUUUAGAGGCUAUUUUCAUUCGAAAUUAGUCGCCAAACCUGCCAAUUUAUAAAAAAUAUAUAAGCAGUUUCUUGAAAAUGACUUUUUAUUGUGGUGCUAUUAAGCGUACUACUAUUUCGCCCCUAGCCACAAAAACACCUUCAUCAAAUUUACUAGUUUUCUGUUGCAACCCCAUAGAAUAAUUAACCGGCCAUUUUAUUUAGCAAAAAUCAAAAUAAUGCUUGGCUGUGCCUGUCAAAUAUCAAGAUGACAACUGUGAUAUGUGAAUGGCUCUUAAAUGUCAAAUUAUUUAAAAAUGUACAC